AUGAAGAAGGUCAAAGUCAUUCUCACCUCCGCCCAAUCCCAGAUCCUCCACCACCGCAAACUCGCCACUCUCCCCCAAGCCCAAGCUCAAGCCCUCAACCCCUCUCUGAAGCCCGUGUUCUACGCCUCCCUCCUCCAAACCUGCACCAAAACCCACUCCUUCCUCCAUGGCACUCUCCUCCACGCCCACGUCCUCAAAUUGGGCCUCCUCGCCGACCGCUUCCUUGCCAACAGUCUCCUCUCCCUCUACUUCAAACUCUCGCCCCACUUCUCCCAGGCCCGCGCCCUCUUCGACGGGCUUUCCUUCAAAGACGUCAUCGCCUGGACCUCCAUCAUCUCCGGCUACGUCCGAAAAGCCCAGCCCACCCACGCCCUCCAUCUCUUCCUCCAAAUGCUCCGCCUUGGCCUCCACCCCAAUGCCUUCACCCUCUCCUCCCUCCUCAAAGCCUCCUCCCAGCUCCAAAACCUUCCCUUCGGCAGAGCACUCCACGCCAUUGUCGCCACGUGCGGCUUCCACUCUAACAAUGUUGUGGCCUGCGCGCUCAUCGACAUGUACGGGAGGACGCGCGUGGUCGACGACGCGCGCAGGGUGUUUGACGAAUUGCCACACCGGGACCCCGUUUGCUGGACCGCCGUUAUCUCCACGUUGGCGCGUAACGACAGGUUUAGGGAUGCCGUUGGGUUGUUUUCCGUUAUGCAUGACGGGGGUUUGGGGUUGGAGGUGGAUGGUUUCACUUUCGGGACGCUGUUGAACGCGUGUGGGAACUUGGGGUGGUUGAGGAUGGGAAGGGAGGUGCAUGGGAAGGUUUUGACUUUGGGGAUGCGUGGAAAUGUGGUUGUGGAGAGUAGUUUGUUGGAUAUGUAUGGGAAAUGCGGGGAGGUUGGGUGUGCGAGGAUGGUGUUUGCUGGGUUGGUGGGGAGGAAUUGGGUAUCUUGGACUGCUAUGCUUGGGGUUUAUUGUCACAAUGGGGAAUGUGAAAGUGUGCUUGGGCUUGUUAGGGAAUGGGGGGUGGUGGAUGUUUAUUGUUUUGGGACAGUUAUUCGUGCGUGUUCGGCGCUGGCUGCGGUGAGGCAGGGGAAGGAAGUGCAUUGCCAGUAUGUGAGGAAGGGUGGGUGGAGGGAUGUGGUGGUGGAGUCUGCUUUGGUUGAUAUGUAUGCGAAAUGUGGAUGUGUGGAUUUUGCAUAUAGCUUGUUUUUGAGGAUGGAAGUGAGGAAUUUGAUCACUUGGAACUCGAUGAUUGGAGGGUUGGCGCAGAACGGGAGAGGGCAAGAGGGGGUGGAGUUGUUUGAGGAGAUGGUGAAGGAAGGGGUGAGGCCGGAUGGGAUCAGUUUUGUGAAUGUGCUGUUUGCGUGUAGUCAUAAUGGUUUAGUUGAUCAGGGGAGGAGGUAUUUUGAUUUGAUGAGGAGGGAGUAUGGGAUUGGGCCUGGGGUGGUGCACUACACUUGCAUGAUUGAUCUUCUGGGAAGGGCUGAGUUGAUAGAGGAGGCUGAGAGUUUGUUGGAGAGUGCUGAUUGCAGUUAUAAUCAUUCCCUUUGGGCGGUUCUGCUUGGAGCUUGCACCAAGUGUUCGGAUUAUAUCACAGCUGAACGUGUUGCAAAAAAGAUGAUUCAGCUGGAGCCUGACUUCCAUCUGAGUUACAUUCUGCUUGGUAAUAUUUAUAGAGCAGUUGGCCGGUGGAAUGAGGCCCUGGAGAUCAGGAGGUUGAUGGAGGAAAGAGGGGUUAAGAAGAUGCCUGGCAAGAGCUGGAUCGAAAGUGAGAAGCAAAAGAGUUCUCCUAGUUUUGAUUUUAACAUUGUUGGGAAGAGCAUGGGAGAGGCCGCGUGA